AUGGAAAUUCCAAUAUUUUCAGAGGCACCUCUUUUGAUGCAGAGGAAUAGAGAGGCUUUUGUUCAGCAGAUUAAGAGGGAUUUGGGAGAAUACUUUGCUAUAAUGGGUAUAAAAGAUUGUGAUUAUUAUGGUUUGGAAGAAAUUUUGGAAAGAAUAAAAACUUCUAACAUAAAAUUUAAUAAAGAUGUAGUUAGGAAUGUGUUUCUAUCAAUAAAGCCAACACAUAUGGGAAAAUGUAGUGGAAAACAACUUAAGGAUAGCUACUUGAAGAGGAGGUGGGAACUCCAAACAAUGUUGGAUACUUGUUUUAGGGAGUUUGAGGCGUUGGAACAGCUUAGACAGCAAGCUGAGAACAAUUUGAGGAGAUACGAAAAUGUUGCAAGCAAGUAUGAUCAAGAGGAGAGCAAGCUGAUGAUUCAGGUAGUAAGUUUAGAUUUGCAGAAGGAGAUGAAUUUAGAUGCAGGAUAUAAGGUCCACUUGGAAUGUCAAGACCAGGUAAUUGAAACUCAAAGCAAGAAGUUUCAAUAUGAUAAGAAAUGUGUAUUUUGGAAUGAGUUAUUUAGCUUUGAGAUUGAGAGAAAAUUUGGGAGUGAGGCAAACCAUUUGGAUAUUAUCUUAUUGGAUAGCAGAAAUAAUCUGCAGCUAGGAGGAUGUAACGUAAUCUUGGAUGAGCUUGCAGACCAAAGAAAGCAUGAAUUAAAAAAAGAGAUUUACAGCAAUGCUGAUGAAGUAGUUUUAGGAUCCCUUUUGAUUUCUUGCCAAUGGUUAUACUCAAGACAUAUUUUAUAUAAGAGUUAUGUACGAGAAUUCAAACAAAAAAGAGAUCAGAAAAUGGAAGAUUUAAAUACUUACCAAAAUGAACUAGUUUAUCUGGACGAACCUUUCUUACCAAAACCGAGCAAUCUAUCUCUAUAUUCCUAUCUAUCAUCUGUUCCAGACUUUCUAGCCAACAAACUAGAUAACUCACUUACUCAAUUUAAGAUGAAUGGCCCGGAAGUGCUUUAUAAGUAUGUAAUCUUUAUAUCCUUUCUCCUCCAAUGGAUUACUAGUGCUACCAGAUCAUGUUACUUAGAUUCCCUAACAACCUGUUAUAUUUUUUGGUGUAAUCUUGGAAAUGAGGGUUUUGCCUCCUCUAGAUGGACUGAUAAUGGAUUCAAAUUUAUCCUUUAUUCAAUAUUUAUAUCACUUAUUAUUGACAUAUUUUGGAUGAAAAUCUUUUUCCCUGCAUGGAGUGUUAGUUCUGAGGAAGGUGACCUUCGUAAUUUCUCCAAAGUUUUCACUUUCUUUAACUUUGCAUGGAAAAUCAUCCUUUUCUUUAUCAUUUGGAAGUCCAGAAACGACUUUAUUAAAUUCCAACAAUAUGAUGAAGCUUUACUGAGAAAAAACAAACAUGUGAAUCUAAGCCUACAAAAUCAUCUUAGUUACUAA